AUGGUCAUCGCUCCUAUCGCCUGCGCUUUUAAUGUCACAUCAGGUUUGAUCGUAAACGGCAUUUGUUCGUACUACGAGGGUAUAGAGGAAACAAAGCGUAUGAAAGAGCAAGAAGAGGCAUUGAGACGAUCAAUUAGAGUUGAACUCCAAAGAAACAGAAAGGAGGAAAGUCGCCAAAAACGAAAAAGAGACGAUGAUGAUUCCGAAAUCUUCGAACUAUGCCUCAGGGCCGAGCGAAGACGAAAGCUGCUUGCAAAAAGAAUAAUUGCUAGUCAUCAAAAGUCUGUCGAAAGUAAAAACGAAGUAAUCCAGUCAGACAGUUUGGUUGACUGUCUUGAUGAGGAGGACGACGAAGAAAGGGUUGAAAAUAAAUCUCGAGCAGUCAACAAAGACAACAGCCUUGUGACAGCUAAGCUUGAUCCGAUCAGUGAGAAGGCAAACUUAUCAGAUGAAACUGAAACUCAGACUGAUAUUCCUCAGUUGGGAAGUUUGAUCGAUUGUCUUGAGGACGAGGAAAACGAAGAAGAUGUUGAAGAAACCAGCCACCACGACCAUCGUGCAGACGACGAAGAAAGCAGCCUUGUGACCGUGUCUCUCGACUCGAUUGGCGACCAGGAAAACGCAUCCAGCGAAUCUCUCUCUUUGGAUGCGAUUGCCUUGUAG